AUGGAGAAUUUUAACUAUGGAUAUGGAGAGACUCCGUAUUAUGGUUAUGAUUCUGAAUAUGGAGAUUAUCCUACAUAUCAAGAAGAUCCGUACUCUUGGAACAAUUUGUUUUCUGAUCCUUACUAUGGUUGUGAUUAUCAAGGGUAUUCAUUUGAUGCUGGGUACAAUUCUGGUUUUGAGAGUGCGUAUAUGAGUCCUAAGAUGUUGUCAUGUUUGGAGAGAAUUGAUAAAUUGCUGGAUGACAUCGAGAAGAAAAAUGCUUCAUAUUUCUCUCAAGAGGAUUGUUACCACUCAAAUGCAUCAGUAUAUCAACCACCACCUUCUCAACCCACUCUAAGAGAGUUAGCAGCUCGUCAACCUACUCUGAGAGAGCUAGCAGCCUUACAGUCAUCACCUUGUCAACCCACGUUGAAAACGUUAGGAUCUUCGUAUCAACAGCCACCUACUCAACCUCAACUUACUGAUAGAGAGGCAACUCUUCGAGAUUUUCAAAGUGAAAAAGGCCAACAACUUAUCGAAGAGGUCAAUCAAUAUAGGUGGAGUGUGGGUUUGCCGGAAUAUGAUCCUAUAGGAAAUUUGCUUAAAUUGAAUAAGAACGAGAAGAUUUCUGAAGAUGAUUCAUUCGUCCAGUCUCCCCAUCCACCAUCUGAAACUGAGCUUGAAUGUGAAGAAUUAGAAGAGACCAAAGAGAUUAACAGUCCAUAUAUUCCAAGUUCUCCUGAUUCUUCUGGUAUAUACAUAAUAGUUAAGCAUGAUGCGCUCAUUCUGAGAGUUGGUGACAAAAAUGUUGAUCAAGAUGAUUUUGAUGAGAAUAACAUUCCUAUAGUUUCAAAAGAAGGGUUUGAAGUAGACACACGUGGUGAGGUUUUCCCUAGUAUAAGAGAUUUUGAGGACCACAUGUGUCUACUUCAAACCCUUCUUUUGAAACUAUAG